CCCAAACCCUACAACCUCCGCAACCCCCUCCCCCUCUCCGCCGCGCAAGAAUCCGAAGUGAAGCAAAUAUACUACAAGCGGGUUCGCGGACUCUGCGCCCCGGAAAUCAAGGCAUUCGCCGAAUGCGCCGUCAACCGCACGGUGACAGCAACAUGGGUAUGUCGGGAGCAACGACUCGCGAUGAACUCGUGUAUGGUUGCGAAGGCGCGGCCGGAGGAGGAGGACCGGGCGCGGGAGGAGUGGUUUGCGACGCAUAGCGAGCGCAGACGGGUGAAGGAGGAGGAGCUGGCCAAGGUGGAGCAGAGGCGCGAGGAGGUGAUUCGCAUGAUGAGGGCGGAUGAGGAGAGGAGG